AUAAAACGGGAUUAUUGUUGAGACUUAGUGAGAAGCGAACGAGUAGAAAAGUGGACUGAUCCAGAUAUUCCCCCAGUGCCCAUUCUCGGAGGAUCUUCCCAGCAAGCAUUAUGAAAGUAAUAAUCCGUCGAAGCUUUCUGCUAGGAAUUCUGAUAGUGCUGGAGGCUUCGGGUUGCAGCCUUACCAACAACGAUGAUGUUAACCUACGAGAAACCUUGAUAGCCGAUCCGGCAACUGUUCCGGCAGAAAGUAAAAAAAACUACAAGAUCGAGGAUAUCUACUCAGAGUGUAACCAAACUUUCAUAGUAACUAUGGACUACCUGAACGAAUUGAAUGACACUGGAAGCUUUCCAGACGAAACCGAUAAAACUCCAAUGUGCUUCAUGCGAUGCUUCCUGCAAAAGCAAGGCAUUCUUACCGAGGACGACAAAAUCAACAAGCAACUGGCCAUUUCUGUUGGGUGGGUUAAGAAUGGUGACACCAUCGAUGAGUGCUUGCCGGAUAUGGCUGGUGAUAGUGAAUGCGAACGAGCAUAUUUUCUUACCCGAUGUGUCAGUACUCGUGCGUUAGUUGAAGGCAGAAGCAAAGAUAGCCAGAAAUGAUAAAAGGAUUCAUUAUGUACUAGUUACGUAUUUACAAUAAAGUUUCG